GUAUUGGGUUUGAAGACUUACGCAUGAAUAAGUAAGACGUUGUCAGAUACGCCGGUAUUUUGGGGACGUGAAGAUCCAUAUUUCUGGAAUAGUAAAAAUGAAUGAUUCUAUCAUAGAGUUAUCAAAUAUAGAUAAUAAUCAUAGCUCUAUGUCUAAGGACAACAACAGUGAAACAUAUGGAUUUAGCAGAAAUAAAACUGAUGAUUACGAUCCGACUCCAUCGGUAGUUUUCCUGGCAACAAUUUUCCCAUUCAUGGUUGUAGGGAAUAUUGUGGUGCUUACGCUAAUACUCAGAAAAAGAGGACGUAAAAACCGUAUGGACAUUUUAUUUGCAAACACGGCAUGUGCAGAUCUCUCCGUGGCAUUGUUCCUGGUACUAAGUGACCUAUUCUGGCACCAGUCUAAAUAUUGGUACAUUGGUACUGCAAUGUGUAAGCUAGUACGUUAUUUUUCAAUGGUUGCUACCUACAGUUCCAACUACGCCAUCGUCGUUUUAAGCAUAGACAGGUGUUUAAGUGUUGCCAGGCCAAUGCAGUCAAUUUCAAGAGGUGUAAAAAGCUGCAGAGUGUACAUAGGGAUUUCAUGGGGUCUCUCUUUUCUGUUCUCUAUAAAAAUUCCUUUUCUGUUUCGAAUCCAUUAUCUAAAUGGACCACCCCAGUGUGGAACUAUACCAAUGAGUCCCACAGAAUGGCAGAUUUACAUAACACUAGGGGCUAUUGCUAUGUUCCUGAUUCCCGCCAUAAUUAUCACCAUUUGUUACACGAUUAUCGUCGCCAUUGUUUGGAAAAAUUCUGAGUUUAGACUAUCAGACACAGAUGCAGCAACGAAUCUUACUACGAAGAAUAUCAAUUCCCAAGCAACUGUACCCAUGGGGAGACAUUCAAUAUCCCGUGCCAAAAUUAAGUCGAUCAAAAUGACGUUUGGUAUUGUAAUUGCAUUCAUAGUGAGUUGGAGUCCCUACUUUAUAUUCAAUAUACUGGUGGUAUAUGGAUACAUAAAUGUAUCCGAUUCUCGGACCUACCAAGUUUCCGUGUUAUUUCAGACUUUUGCGCCAAUUAAUUCCGCAGUGAAUCCUGUCAUUUUUCUUAUAUUCAACGGCAAAAAAUACUUUAAAGUGUGCAAAAAGGCAGACUCCUCUCAAAUAGAAACAAAGGAGACAAACUUUUAUUCACAAAAUAAUAUUCACUGACACCCAAGAAAUAUAUUUUUUCUGGUCUAGUUGUUAAACUCAGGUCAGUUUCUUUGUGAUGUGACUUUACCUAUGUUGGACAAUGCUGAUUGUUACAAGACAAACCAGAAACUUCAAUCUCUGAGAAGCUUUUCAACUGACGAGAUUAAAAAAAGAUUGUAGUGGAAGAGGCAAAACCUCGAUUGAUAUUUUAUUAGUGUUUUCAUACUUCUUCAAGCACGAAAAUGUGAACUAGACUUGUCAAAUAAGCGUACAUAAGUAAAAGUUAUUACGUAUAUAUGACCUAGUUUAUGAUUCAUAUCAUCUUUAUAAGCACAGUCUACUAGACCCGUAGGGUUAAAAGGAUGACUGCUCUGUCCUUCAUCUUAUUUUUUAAGAACAUAUUUUGAAUGAUAAAUUGUACUGAUGAA